AUGACGACACUCAGCGAUGUCCUCCAGAAACAAAGGACACAUGGCAUCCUCGAGGCCCCUGAGAUCAUCGAUGAAGCGACCCAGUCUCAACAACUAAACCGCAGAACAACAGCUCCCACCCUCGAGAUAAAUCUCACCAACGCCACCACUUCCAACACUGUCUAUGCCUAUGUCACUGGCCUGGCUCUCGACCACAAUAGCUCCGUUUUCCUCCUCCAAUCCGACGGCUUAGCAGCAUUUUACCCCGACAACCCCACAGAAAUCGGCACCAAGAUCCCAGUGGAGUGUGCCAUUCCCCUAGGUGCCGCAGGAACCAACAAGCGCAUAACCAUUCCCCAUCUUGCUGGAGCAAGAAUCUGGUUCUGCGUCGGAAACAAGCUCCAUUUCCUCACCAACCCAGGCAAGGUUGGCCCCGGACUUGUUGAGCCAUCCGUCAGCAACACCGCGGACCCUAACUACGGUCUGGAUUGGGGAUUCUGCGAGCUCACGUACAAUGACCAGCAGCUAUACGCCAACAUCUCUUACGUGGAUUUUGUGAGCCUGCCUAUUUCUCUCACAUGCACGAGCACCAACGGCAACGUAGCCCAUGUCGGCGGACUCCCCGCAAACGGGAGAACAAAUGUCUGUAAUGGCCUCAUAGCACAGAAUGCUAGUGAUGGCGCUGGCUGGGAUCAACUGGUCGUGCGGUCAAGCGAUGGAUCGUUUCUGCGUGCCUUGUCGCCAUCAAAUGGCAUCGUGCUCAACCAAUCACUAUUCCAAAAUUACUGGACGGAUUAUCUAAAUCAGGUGUGGACGAAGUAUGCCUCUGAGCCGCUCACCAUCGAUACCCAAUCACAAUGGGGCAAAGUGAAGGGAUAUACUUCCAACGACCGAACAGCUAUAUCUUUCCAAGACAUCGGAUCUAUCAAGAAGCCUUCUGCGCUUGAUAUCUUCGGUGCUGAUUCGGGGGCCUUUGCACCGCAACCUAAGAACACCGCGGCGCUUCUCAACAUCGGUGCACGCAUUGAUGCGGGGAUUAACCGCUCUACACUUCUUCUGGAUUCCAUACAACCACAUGUAGGUGCAGGCUCAAACGCAGCGCCUUACUAUACUGGCAAGGUAACCAAUCACUACGCGCGGAUUGUGCAUGCGGCGAAUGUGGAUGGGCGCGGCUAUGCGUUCCCCUAUGACGACGUAAGCCCCGGUGACAGCAUUGAUGCAAGUGGGUUCGUGAGCGAUGGGAGCCCAGCUAACUUGUUGAUUGCUGUUGGAGGCGCGAAUGCCUAUAAGAGGAAGAGGGACGUCGUACCUACUGGUAUGAAGGAGAUGAGGAAGAGAGACAUUGGGCUUUGGGAUAGCGGGAAUGAAAAAGCGCUACUCCGGGAAAGGGAUGAACAGGAGGAGCGUCAGGGCAAUGGGGAUUUGGAGAAGGGUUUGCUAUUACCCCUAGACCAAGAUCCGCUCCAGACGGAGACCCAGCGCAAAUCACUGCAAAAGCUUCUGUCAGCCCCUCUUACGUUCCUCCGUACCAAAAACCCGGCCGCCUACGCACGUAUCUUGGAAGCUCUCAGCACUCUCACAUCCGUCACAGUCCGCGCCGUUGCCUACCGUAUCUGCCUUGUGAUCUUCUGUUUCUUCUUGUACCUAUUGGGUGGCAUGAGAUCGGGUUCCGAGAUGGCUGCGGCACGGGUUAGGGUGGAUACUGGUUAUUAG